AAAAAGAAGAGCGAAAGAGCGUAACCAUCACACUGUUACACUGUUGGGUUGAAUAGCAUAAUGAUGAAUACUUCAACCAUGUCGAAAAUGCUUGCUGCGUUGUCAUUGGCAGUCAUCCUGGCUUCAGUGGCACAAACCAACGGGUUAUUGGAUGAUAUUGGUAACAAACUUCCUUUGAAAGGUCCUUUGAAAAGAUCUCUUCGUGGUCCUUUGAAAAGUCUUGAUGGAUCCUUGGGAAAUCUGAAUAACCCUACUGGAGAUCUUUUGAACAAAGAUGGAAAUCCAUUGGGAGGUUCUUUGGAUCCAGUGACUGAUCAACUUGGCGGUGUUUUAGCUCCAACAACAGGUGCUCUUGGUGAUACUUUACAACCAUUAAACGGUAAAAAACCUUUGAAUGGUCUCUUAAGUAAUCUGAAUAAACCUAAUGGAGGUCUCUUAAGUAAUCUGAAUAAACCUACUGGAGAUCUUUUGAACAAAGAUGGAAAUCCACUGGGUGGUGUCUUGGACCCAGUAACUGAUCAACUUGGUGAUACUUUACAACCAUUAAACGGUAAACAACCUUUGAAUGGUCUCUUAAGUAAUCUGAAUAAGCCUACUGGAGAUCUUUUGAACAAAGAUGGAAAUCCAUUGGGUGGUGUCUUGGAUCCAGUAACUGAUCAACUUGGUGAUACUUUACAACCAUUAAACGGUAAACAACCUUUGAAUGGUGUCUUAGAUCCAGUAACUGGCGGUCUUGGUGGUGUCUUAGAUCCAGUAACUGGCGGUCUUGGUGGUGUCUUAGAUCCAGUAACUGGCGGUCUUGGUGGUGUCUUAGAUCCAGUAACUGGCGGUCUUGGUGGUGUCUUGAAUCCAGUAACUGAUCAACUUGGUGGUGUCUUAGAUCCAGUAACUGGCGGUCUUGGUGGUGUCUUAGAUCCAGUAACUGGCGGUCUUGGUGACACUUUACAGUCAUUAAAUGAUCCUAAUACUGACGAUGAUUGCGAUGAAUUCAACACUGAUGAUGGAUACAAUAGUGAUGGUCAAAACAAUAAUGACGAUUUAAACAAUAUUGGCGUUUUGAACAAUGAGGAUGAUGGAAACGAUGAUGAUGGUGAUAAAAAUAAUGAUGAUGCUGUUAGCGGCUCACAGGCAUUCGGGGAUCCAGGUCAAUCAAACCCUGCUCCUCAACCGUUUCCACGUUCAAGAUGGUACAGUAAUCAUAAUUCAAGGCCUCGCCGCCGAUAUAGAGUAAUGCCAACGGAUCCACCAGUAAUUUCUACAACUCCUGAUGGUGAUGGAUCUACUGCUUUUCCUGCAAAUCCAGUUGGUGAUGCUUCAACAGCCAUUCUAAAUUGUGCUAUGGAUAGUGUAGCUCGUUUGACAAAUGGAACAGUUGGUGAGUUAUCUGUUUUAUUGUUGAUGAUUACUUAG